AUGCCGGGUUUCGACACCCAAGGCUCGGACGGCAACGGCUAUCCCACUGAGCGCACAGGCCUCUUGGGCAAUAAUGCUCGGUCCCGCUCCCAAUCCCGCCAACCGCCCCGUGGCCGUCUUUCUCGGCUCCUCUGGUCGCACGGCCACUACCAUUGGGUUCGCUACCCGUCAGAAGCUGCGCGUUUGACAUAUGCGACCCUCGCAAGCAAUUAUGUCAAUAUCCUUCUCAUCUUUGUACCCCUGGGCAUGGUCUCAGGUAAAGUGGGCUGGUCCCCAACUGCCACCUUCGUCCUUAAUUUCCUCGCGAUUAUCCCGCUGGCGUCGCUGUUGAGCUUUGCGACAGAGGAACUGGCUGCAACUAUGGGCGAGACUCUGGGUGGAUUGUUGAACGCUACAUUUGGAAAUGCCGUUGAACUUAUCGUCAGCAUAGUCGCCUUGAAGGAUAACGAGAUCCGUGUCGUCCAGGCAAGCAUGCUAGGCAGCAUUCUCUCCAACAUUCUUUUGGUGCUGGGCUGCUGCUUCUUGGUUGGGGGCAUCCGCCAUCACGAGCAGACUUUCAACUCAACCGUGGCGUCUACCAUGUCUUCCCUAAUGGCAGUCGCAUCUGCGUCACUGAUCAUCCCAGCUACUCUCUAUGCCGCCCUCGCCAGUUCAAAGGCUGAUACCCAUGGCAACAUUCUGCUCCUCUCACACGGCACCGCCAUAAUUCUGCUGAUCCUCUACGUCAUGUACCUCUACUUCCAGCUACGUUCACACACAGACCUCUUUGAGAGUGGUAGUGCGGAGAAUGCCGACAAUGGCACAGUAUUGCGGAAUGGUGAGACGCGGAACGGGGCAGGGGUUGAAGUAGUAGUGGGAGCAAGAGAGGAGGAAGAGACGCGCAUCCUGAACCCAUGGGCUGCAGCCAUCGCACUCUGCAUCGUCACAGUCGCCGUCUCCGUCUGCGCCGAGUUCCUCGUCGGUAGCAUCGACAGCAUUGUCCAGGCAACGCAUAUCAGUAAGACAUUUAUCGGUCUCAUACUGAUCCCUAUCGUGGGUAAUGCUGCGGAGCACGUCACAGCCAUUGUGGUUGCAUAUAAGAAUAAAAUGGACCUGGCUAUUGGCGUUGCCAUUGGCAGCAGCCUGCAGAUUGCGCUGUUUGUUACGCCCUUCUUGGUUAUUCUUGGGUGGAUUAUGGGCAGGGAUAUGACGCUCCAUUUCCACUCGUUUGAGACUGUGACAUUCUUUUUGUCACAGCUUGUCGUGACAUUGCUUAUUCAGGAUGGGAAGUCGAAUUAUCUGGAGGGGGGACUCUGCCUUGGGAUGUAUAUCAUUAUCGCCCUCGCUUUCUUUGUUUACCCCGACGAUGCGCAGGAUAUCGGUGGUAUUCUUGCCAGCAUCGCCGGCCUCGCUACUAGAUCCAUCUCUUCCUAA